UUAAGAUCUUUGUCAUAAAAUAUCAUAGUAUAAGAUUAUAUUUGGAAUGAUGAUAUUUAGAUGAUGUAACAAAUAUUUUUCUCAUUUGCCCUAUGUUUUUAAAUCCUGCUAAAAGAUGAUCCAGCAAAACUCCUUGGGGGACUGUUUUAUGUGUGUAUGUAAAACUGUAUAAUAGGUAUUUGUCUUUGUUUUAUUUAUAUAUAGUUGUUUUUAUCCAUUGUUCUUAUUUUCUUUGUCCAUUGACUACUGUUUAAUGCCAUAUCUAGUCCCAUGGGUUGGAAGGAAAAUCUACAAAAUAAUUCUGUAAGAAAGAAGCAGCAACUUAGUAUAGGAGUAUUGUGUUAUCAUAGUUUACUUCAGAAGUACCUUGGGGAUUACUAGAAUGUGGAUGUCAUGCCAAAAGCUCAGUUCUAUUUUGAAAUUUUAAUUAGAAUCACUUUUUAUAUUUUGCAAGUCAUUAUUAAAUUUAAGAAUUCAAAGAGUUUUUAUGUUCCUCGUGACUCAAAACUUGAGUCACUUUAUAGUGAAAAUAGUUUGGUUAUAGCUUUGCACCUUUGGGAUAUAUAUACUAUUUUGUUUUGUGUUUGGAAAACAGUAGAGAAAUUACUUUGGUCUUUCCUUGACUUUGUAUUAAUAACAGCAAGAAAAUUGCUGUGUAUUUUUGGACUUUGGAGAGUAAAAAAAUGUUUUAGGUAGGAACAGUUUCUGUUCAUUUCAGGUGUGUUUGUGUGCCCAUCCAUGUAUCCGUCCUUAUUUGUACACUGUGUUGGAAGUAAAAGUCCUUUUUUUAAAGACAUAAUCUAGUGAAUAAAAUAUUUCUGCUUGUAGCUGAUCUAAACCUCAUAGGGACUAGGGGCAAGAGAUAGAAGUGGUUGGUAGAAAGUAAGUAAAAACAGAAGCUAUAUAUUUUGAGAAACAGCAAAACAUUCAUUUUCCUUUCCUUUUCAAUUAUUUUGAUUUAAGUUAUUUUAUCACAUACUCUAAUUCCAGCUGUACUGCCUACUUAGACGAGUGACCCUUAAAUGCGUUCACUUACCUACCUGGGCUCCUCCCUUUUCUGUCAGAAAAGUUGUAUUUAUUUUGCUGUUUAGCAUUUGAUAAAACUUUCAGAUACACUUUUAUUUGAAUGUGGCUGCUACUUUGAAUUUUGGAGGCAAUAAGAAAUGUAUUUGUAGGGCGCGUGGGGCAGUUGGCCCGGCUGCCGCUGGAGGAGCUGAUCUGCGGCGGGCCCUUGCAGACCUUCCUGGAGCGCCAUCCGAUGCCCAGUUGCAGGUCAGGGGAUCUGAGCUGCUGGCAGCGGCCAAACUGCUGAGCGAGAAGGAGCAGGAAGCUAAGCAGGGUCGGGCCUGGUUAGGACUUGGAUAGGAGAAGGAGCAGGAGCUGCAGGAGACCGAGCAUUUGCUACAGGAGGAAAACGAAGACAUAGGAAACUUGCAGAGAAUGAAAUAAUUUCAUGUCAAAAACAAGUAACUCAGUUGAAGCAUCAGAUUAUCUUACUUUUGGUUCCCUCAGAAGAAACAGAUGAAUAUUAUUUGAUCCUGGAGGUAACUGCAGGAGUUGGGGGUCAGGAGGCAAUGUUGUUUACGUCAGAGAUGUUCGAUAUGUAUCAGCAAUAUGCUGCAUUUAAAAGAUGGCAUUUUGAAACCCUGAAAUAUUUUCCAAGUGAAAUAGGUGGUCUUAGACACGCAUCUGCCAGCAUUGGGAGUUUAGAAACCUAUAAGCACCUGAAAUUUGAAGGAGGUGUGCACAGAGUACAGAGAGUGCCAAAAAUAGAGAAGCAAGGCCGCAUCCAUACCAGCACCAUGACUGUGGCAAUCUUACCCCAGCCAACCGAGAUCAAUCUGGUGAUUAACCCCAAAGAUUUGAGAAUUGAUACUAAACGAGCUGGUAAAGCUGGAGGACAGCAUGUAAAUACCACAGACAGUGCUGUCCGGAUAGUUCAUCUUCCAACAGGUGUUGGUUCUAAAUGCCAACAAGAAAGAUCUCAACUGAAAAAUAGAGAGAUGGCUAUGAAAAAGCUACGAGCAAAACUGUACAGCAUGCAUCUGGAAGGAAACAAAAGAUACAGUGCUAGAAAGAUUCAGGAUGGAACCAAAGGAAAGUCAGAGAAAAUAAGAACAUAUAAUUUUCCACAGAACCGGGUAACAGAUCACAGAAUCAACAAGUCACUUCAUGAUCUGGAAACUUUUAUGCAAGGGGAGGAUCUAGAACUUGUAGAGUCACUGAAGGACUAUGCGGAUUAUGAAUCUUUAAUAGAAAUUAUUUCUAAAAAGGCUUAAAUUGAUUUAUUAUUAAAGAUUUUUAUAGCUUUUGAAAAAAAAAGAAACGUAUUUGUAUACAUAGAUACAUUUUCAUCAACAGGGUUGCCACAAAUGAAGCGAUUAUUGUGUCUAAGAGCCAUGCUUGAGAACCAUUAUUUCAUGUUUGCAAUUGCUCAUGAGGGUAACUGUUUUAAUGACACACAACGUAGGGGAAAUGGUCUGCUGCUUAUUGAUAGCAGAUUAUGCGAUAGCUGGAAGACCCCUUGAAGUGAGUCUACCCACCAGUAUGCUUUGGAGACCGUUUUUCUUACGUGGAGUUACCCUGCAUUGUUGUAUUCUACAUUUUUGGUGAAAAUUAGUUCCUGUUUACUGUUACUUAGAACUGUUUUGAGUAUAGGGCUGCCUGGGUGGCUGAGGCUGUUGAGCAUCGGACGCUGACUUUCAGUUCAGGUCUUGAUCUCAGGAUUGUAAGUUCAAGCCCUGCGUUGGGCUUCUCGCUGGGUGUGAAGCCUAUUUAAAAGAGAAAAAAAAACUUUUAAGCAUCAACUGCUUUUUUGAAGGACUCAUCAAACUGCUUCUCAAAUGCAUUGUUUAUUUUGCUCUGUUUCAGCUUUUGAUUAUUGGCUUAUGACCCUUAAAGAGGUUUAGGUAUUGUGAUUUACAGAAUGUUUUAGAUAAUCACCAUAUGGAUCAUUUUUGUUCAGGUAUAAAUUUUGCCAUCUAUGUAUCUGGUUUCUCUGGACCAUUUUCAUGUGUAAGCCAGCUUUUUACAUCACCUUGUCUUAGUAGGGAAGUAGGCAGGACCAGAGCCUCACGUGUGAGUACAGGUUUCAGUCAUUCUAAAGAGUUGGAGCUAAGGGCACCUGGCUGGCUCAGUGGAAGAACAUGCGACUCUUGAUCUCAGGGUCAUGACCCACGUUAGAUGUGGAGAUUACUUAAUAAAUAAAAAUAAAGACAUGUGGGUGUGCUUUUAUAGAAUGUUUCUUUAACCAAGGGAUGGUGUUCUGACACAUCUUCAUAAAGUAGUUCAGAUAUUUAUAUGUUUAUUCAUUCUGGAUACGAGAGAUAUAUAGUAAUAAUAUAUAUCAAUCACCAGGCUUGGCUCAGUUAGAUAUACUGAUACAUUGAAUUAGUCUUCUAGUUUAGGAUUGCGUAUUUUAAAUCACUUUAUUGAAAACUUGAUUUCUUUCCCAUUCUUACUCUUCUCAGAUACUAUAUUUUAAAUGGCCAGACACUAAUAAGGGUUUCAGAUUAUUGCAGAAGCAAAUUACAGUUUACCCUUGAACAGCAUGGGUUUUAACUGCAUGAACCUACUUGUAUGUGGACUUUUCUCCUUAUGAUUUCUUAAGUAACAUUCUCUACAGGAUUUUUACAGAAUAUGUGUUAAUUGACUAUGACUCUUCUUUCUGGUCAUCAGUAGGGUGUGAGUAGUUAAGUUUGGUGGGAGUCAAAAGUUACAUGUGGAUUUUCAACUGCCUUGGUUGGCACCCUAACCAACCCCCUUGCCCCUGGCCCCCUAUUGUUCAAGGGUCAACUGUAUUUCUUAGGUUUUUAUUAAAUAGGCUGCCUUUCUUUAUUAAUCUUCUCUGUAUUGUUCCCCUUUUAGCAUAUGUGCUGCAGAAUCAAGUACAACCUUUUCUUUAUUCAUAAAUUUCUCUUAUUGUGGAUUUAAAAUUUUGAGUUUGCACUUUCUCUUCUGUAAAGACUUUCACAGAGGAAGGAUUUCAUGGUAUUGAACUACAAAUGCUGUGUUGUGUAGUCUUUCAGGCUAUUUAUUUACAGUUGUAUUAACGAUGUAUAGUUUUAACUAAGAAAAUGAUUUUGGGGAAUAUGACUGUUUUGAGAAAUAGGCACCUCAUUUGGGCUGAGUUUAUUCUGAUUUAUUUUCCUGUUGGCCUGUCACUAAUUGGUACUAA